AAAGAACGAGAGUAUUAAGAAAAUAUACGAAAAAAAAAGGUAGAUAAGAGUCACAACACACGAGUCCCAGAUGGAGAAGGUAUAAAAAACAACAAAUUGCACAUUGAUCAGUGACUGGUGAGUCAUGCAAGAAAUGAACCGCAUGUUUCUGACAAAUGACAAUCCCUCACCUCAACGUAGCACCACCCAUACCCGAGCCCUAGGCUCACCCGGUUCGAAUCAUCAUGCCUGUCCUGUUUUUACUAUUUUCGUUAACGGUAACCGUGACAAGCCGUAACGGUUACAGUUCCAAAUUAUCUCAUCAUCGCGUCUUAUUUAACGCCUUCUUCUAACCAAAACAAACGGUGUUCGAACGUUCCUCACCCCACACUAACGUCGUCUUCUCUCAUUUCACGUCGUCACUCACAAACCACAACCCACUUUUUCUCUCUCCUCGCCAGCAAUGGCUUCCUGCGACGACGAUUUCUCUCUCCUCAACGAUGACCACCACCACCUCCACCAUUUCACUUCUCAUCACCGCUAUUUACAGCCAAAAAUAUCUUCCGGCGCCGGUAACGCGAUCUCAAACGACGUUGUUAAGGUAUCAUCUACUGGAGGAGGAUGUGGGAGCCAUGAAAAUGGCGCUGUUUACGAGGUUAACCCUUAUGAAUCGGCCGAUUUUGACUCGGUACCUGAAUCUGAGUCAGAUCCGAAAAGUUCUAGGGUCGGCGGUGAUGCAACAGAAAAGCGGAAGGAGAGAGAAAGAGAGAAUCUAUCUCUCUCCAACGGAAGUUAUAAAAAAACGAAAUCAAUCUCCGGUGCCGGAGGAAUAAUUGUUCCAGGCGCGUGCGAGUAUAGGAAAGAUCGAGAAGAAUGGAGUGAUACGGCGAUUGAGUGUUUAUUGGAUGCGUAUACGGAGAAGUACACGCAAUUGAAUAGGGGGAAUUUGAGGGGUAGAGAUUGGGAGGAGGUGGCUGCUAUUGUUAGUGAGAGAUGUGAGAAUCAGAAUAAGAGUGUAGAACAAUGUAAGAAUAAGGUUGAUAAUUUGAAGAAGAGGUAUAAGUUAGAGAGGCAUAGGAUGAGUAGUGCCGGUGUUUCGGUUAGUCAUUGGCCUUGGUUUAAGAAGAUGGAAGCCAUUGUUGGUAAUUCUUUACCGGCUAAGUCGGCUUCUGAUGAGGAUAAGAUUAGUGGUUCAGGUGGGAGUUCUGGCAGGCAGCAAAAGAGAUAUUCUGCGGGGCCUUCUGGUUCGCUUGGACAGGUCAAUAGCAUGAAGUCCAAAUCUAUACCUAACUCAAAAUGGCAGAGGGUCGUUUUUAAGAUCAGUGGUGCUGCUUUAGCUGGCAAUGGUCCUCAUAACGUUGACCCUAAGGUAGUGACCCUAGUUGCUAGAGAGAUUGAAACAGUUUACCGCCUUGGGGUGCAGGUAGCAAUUGUUAUAGGCGGGCGUAAUUUUUUCUGUGGGGAUAUAUGGAUGACCGAGACUGGUGCAGAUAGAUCUACAACAUACCAGCUUAAUAUGAUGGCAAAUAUGAUGAACUCGGUGUUGCUCCAAUCAGCCUUAGAGAAAAUGGGUGUGCAAACACGAUUGCAAACUGCUUUUGUGUUGCCAGAAGUCGGUGAGCCAUACAAUAGACAAAGGGCAAUCAGACAUCUAGAAAAAGGCAGGGUGGUGAUUUUCGGUGGAGUUGGUGGUGGUUCAGGAAAUCCCCUCUUUUCAACUGAUACAACAGCAGCUCUACGAGCAACUGACUUAAAUGCCCAGGCAGUUCUCAAGGGAACCAAUGUUGAUGCUUUUUAUGACUGUAAUUCCAGAAAUUCUGGCAUCUCAUUUGAGCACCUUUCCUUCAGAGAGGCUGCUUCUAGAGGUAAUACACCUAUGGACAUGAUGGCAUUGACAUUCUGCGAAGAGAAUGUUAUUCCUGUUGUGGUUUUCAAUCUUCUUGAACCUGGUAACAUAUCAAGAGCCUUGUGCGGUGAGCAAAUUGGUACAUUAAUUGAUCAGACGGGAAUGAUUAGCUAACAUCUAUGACAAAUGAGUUUUUCCUCAUUACAUGUUGUAGCUUGUAAGUUGUAAAUACAUAAAGAUAGGGAAGAUCAAACCAUUAGUUGCUGGUCACUCUAUUUAUGCUGGGGUGAUCUUGAUGCAGACAGUGCUUUUAGAAUUCUGUUGUCAAUUAUUUUGACUGAUACUGGAGGUUCGAGGUGUGGGAGGUUGUCGCCUAGGCGGCUACUACUUCAUCAACCACAUAAGUUAUAAGUUAUGGCAACUAAUGCCUCAUCAAUGGCAGGCUAAGCGGCUGUAUGUAUUUUUACUCUCUUUAGAAUUCUGCCUCUUCUCCUGAUCCUGUAGAUUUUUUGCGGGCAAUUAUAACAAGCUUUUAUCGAUUGCCUUGUAAGUUGUAACUAUCGAGAACUCACUAUCUGGAGGAUCGGUUUUAUUGUCAACUUCAUUGAAUGUUGAAAGCUGUAGUUGCUGGAAUAUAUUUACACUUACAGAAUGAUGUGUAAUAAUUAGUAUCAACUAAUUCAUACAAGACUUUCAUGUUAAACCUUGCUAAAUAUAAAAAAUACAAAUAAAUCUUACAUUCUCA